AACAACGCUCGUACUGUAAGCAGUUUCCCACCAAUUGGGCCUCGAAAGUUUCCGUGUGGCCCAUCGUCCCCGGCGCGGCCGCGGCCCAACUCCUUCGCGUGGAGGCGGCGACCGCUUCAGCCUCAAAGUCUCGAACCCCUCCGCCGCCGCCGCCUGGCUGCUCGGCCGCUCCUCCGCUUGCUCUCCCUUGCUUCCGAGGGCUCCGCCGCACGGGGUCGUCGCGGCUAGAGGGUGGGCUCGCCGUCGAGGAAGGCGGGGGUGUCUGGCUCAUCGAGAACAGUGCCGAGGGGAAUCCGGGUUGCGGGGGCGAUGGCCAUGGCCGCGGCGGAGGCGCGGGUGCGGCAGGAGAAGGUGAAGAAGUUCGAGGACUUCGUCGACCGGAGACUGAAGCCGGACCUUGUGAACACCAUCGCGCAGCGGGACAAGGUGUUCCAGCAGCAGAAGACCUUCUUGGACUUGAAAAGGAACAUCGAAAAUUUGGAGAAGAAUGGAGUCACCAGUAUGCGAUCCAUGGUCAAUCUUGGCUCUGAGGUGUACGCCCAGGCAGAAGUGCCAGAUACAAGACACAUUUUUGUGGAUAUUGGUCUAGGUUUCCAUGUGGAAUUUACUUGGCAGGAAGCUUUGCAGUUUAUAUCUGUAAGAGAAUCAAGGUUGGCAAGACAGAUAGAUGAGUACACUCAUCUCAUCGCAAGCAUAAAAGCGCAGAUCAAGUUGGUAUGUGAAGGUAUCCGCGAACUACUCGAGCUACCAGCAGAGUAAAGGUGAAAGUUGGCAAUGCAAUCGUAUGGGGGUGCUUGGUAGAAUGACUUGUGCUUUUGCUUUUCUCACGAAGGCAUGGUCGCCCAUCUUCGAACAUGAAAGAUUUUACAUGUACUGUUGUGCAAAAGAUGGUUUCAUACACUCAUCCCUGUAAUAACAUUCAUCUAAUCAGAUUAACUACAGUAGAAUUUCGCUAUGUGAAAUCAACGCAAACACUGUGAAAACUUGUUGGUUGAUGCAACUUCUGAUCUUCCCUAGAUUCCCAAGUCAUAGUGUACAUGGCAUGCCUUGGAAGCUCAUGGCAUGUUCCAUUUUGUCAUUAGAUUAGAACAAUGAAAGGAAGUUAGGAACAUGCCAUUUUGCAUAUAGAUGUGUCAGUCAAGACAGCAGAGCAAGGAAAGUAUAUAUUGGGCUAUUGGCACUUCAUCUGGUAAGGCAUAAAGCUUUUGCCUUUGCCGCGAAGCUGCCUUAUUGUCUUUUCCACUUUCCA